AGAGCUUUUCUCCAUAAAUGGUCCCACCCCUAGGCAAGGUGGCUCACUUUGGCCAGUAACAACGGGGGAGUGUGCACCUGCCACCCGUCAAGCUCAGGCAGACUGUGAGAAAAGGCAAGGUGGAGCAAGCCGAGAGAAUCAGUGAACCAUGGACAAAUUGAAGUGCCCGAGCUUCUUCAAGUGCAAAGGGAAGGAGAAAGUGACCACUUCGUCUGAGAAUUUCCAUGUUGGUGAAAAUGAUGAGAAUCAGGACCGUGGUAACUGGUCAAAAAAAUCAGAUUAUCUUCUAUCUAUGGUCGGAUAUGCAGUCGGAUUGGGAAAUGUGUGGAGAUUCCCGUAUCUGACCUACAACAAUGGUGGAGGUGCAUUCUUGAUACCUUAUGCAAUUAUGCUGGCUUUGGCUGGAUUGCCUUUGUUCUUUCUAGAGUGUUCACUGGGACAAUUUGCUAGCUUAGGUCCAGUUUCAGUUUGGAAGAUUUUGCCAUUGUUUCAAGGUGUGGGAAUUACAAUGGUCUUGAUAUCCAUUUUUGUGACAAUAUAUUAUAAUGUCAUAAUUAGCUACAGUCUUUACUACUUGUUUGCUUCAUUUCAAAGUGAACUACCAUGGAAAACUUGCUCUUCUUCUUGGUCAGACAAAAACUGUAGCAGAUCACCUAUAGUCACUCACUGUAAUGUGAGUAUAAGAGCAAGAGACAUCAUCCAAGUGAAUAUGAGCUGGAUAGAUGCCAACAAUUAUACAUGCAUCAAUGGCAGUGAAAUUUAUCAGCCAGGGCAACUUCCCAGUGAACAAUAUUGGAAUAAAGUGGCACUUCAACGGUCAAGUGGAAUAGAUGAGACUGGAGAAAUUGUGUGGUAUUUAGCACUGUGCCUUCUUCUGGCUUGGCUCAUAGUCGGAGCAUCUCUAAUUAAAGGAAUCAAGUCUUCUGGCAAGGUGGUAUAUUUUACAGCUAUUUUUCCCUACGCCGUCUUACUCAUUCUUUUAAUACGAGGUGCAACUCUGGAGGGGGCAUCAAAAGGCAUCUCAUACUACAUUGGAUCACAAUCAAAUUUUACAAAACUUAAGGAAGCUGAGGUUUGGAAAGAUGCUGCCACUCAAAUAUUUUACUCCCUUUCAGUGGCAUGGGGUGGCUUAGUUGCUUUAUCAUCUUACAAUAAGUUCAAUAACAAUUGCUUCUCUGAUGCCAUUGUAGUUUGUUUAACAAACUGCCUCACUAGUGUGUUUGCUGGAUUUGCUAUUUUUUCUAUAUUGGGACAUAUGGCUCAUAUAUCUGGAAAGGAAGUCUCUCAAGUUGUAAAAUCAGGUUUUGAUUUGGCAUUCAUUGCCUAUCCAGAAGCUCUAGCCCAACUCCCAGGAGGUCCGUUUUGGUCCAUAUUAUUUUUCUUCAUGCUUUUAACUUUGGGUCUUGAUUCUCAGUUUGCUUCCAUUGAAACGAUUACAACAACAAUUCAAGAUUUAUUUCCCAAAGUAAUGAAGAAAAUGAGGGUUCCUAUAACUUUGGGUUGCUGCUUGGUUUUGUUCCUCCUUGGUCUUGUCUGUGUGACUCAGGCUGGAAUUUACUGGGUUCUUCUGAUUGACCACUUCUGUGCUGGAUGGGGCAUUUUGAUUGCAGCUAUACUGGAAAUAAUAGGAAUCAUCUGGAUUUAUGGAGGGAACAGAUUCAUUAAAGAUAUAGAAAUGAUGAUUGGAGCAAAGAAGUGGAUAUUCUGGCUAUGGUGGAGAGUUUGUUGGUUUGCCAUUACACCUGUCCUGUUGAUUACAAUUUUAAUCUGGUCAUUGGUGAAAUUUCAUAAUCCUGAGUAUGCUGAAAUUCCAUACCCUGACUGGGCAGUUGCUGUAGGCUGGUGUAUGAUUAUUUUCUGCAUUAUUUGGAUUCCAAUUAUGGCUGUCAUAAAGAUAAUUCAGGCCAGAGGAACUAUCUGUCAACGCAUUGUAAGCUGCAUUACACCAGCUUCUAACUGGGGUCCGUACCUAGAACGACAUCGUGGGGAGAGAUAUAAAGACAUGGUAGGGCCUAGUAAAGAGACUGACCAUGAAAUACCCACUAUAAGCAGUAAUAGAAAGCCUGAAUGAAAUCUCAUUUUAAAAAAUAUAUGGUUGUUCCAUAAUGUGAUUUUUUUUAAAUAGUGAAAUUUUUAAUUUAUUUGUAUGUUGAGUAGAAAAAUGCAUAUGCUAUGUUCACAAUGUGGUGACAAAUGUUUUUCCCACUUAAGCAGGAAUGUAAUAUAAAAUGUGAAUCUAUUAAUGUUUAGCAAUGUUCUUAUAUUUCGUUUAAGACUAUCUGUAUAACUAUUUCACAAUGACAUUUUGUAAAUAUUACAAUAAUGUUUCUUCUAAUGCACUGAAAUUUUUAUUUGAAUUGAUUACUUAGAAAAUAGUUACAUUUUUAUUAUGGAAAUUUAAAAAUAUUAUUUGAUUCUAUUUUCUUAAUACACAGUCUUUCUCUUUCUCAAGCUGAAGGAAAAUGAAUCAGUACAUGUAAAAUAAAAUGUUACAAACUCAAUGUCUUAGCUACUUGGAAAUGUUAUGUUUAUAGGAAUAAAUGGACUGUCUAUGUGAGUGAUGUAGUUUCAUACUUUUGACACAAAUAUGUCUAAAAAUUUCAUGUAUUGAUGACUCAUAUUUCUAUAUGAACUUAGUAGUUAUGCUCUUUAUUGACAAACUUAAUAGUUACGUUUUUUAUUUAUAAAGACUGAAAUAAGAAAGGAAAUAAGCAUCCAUUAACAGGGAGUAAAUCUAGAAAAUGGAAUAAACAACUUUUGAAUACUUCUUA